AGGGAUAGAAAAAGAGAUAGAUACUCUUAGUUAUAUACCUUGAGAAGUCCCUCUCUCCUCGCACUAUAUAUAUACUCUCAUUGCAUUACUAAUAGCGAUUUCCAUUCUCACACACCUUCCUUUCUUCAUAAGAACUAAGAAGCAAAGAAACAAACAAACAAACCCUAUAUAGUAUAUAUUAUAUAGGAUAAGAAAGAAACCAUGGGAGACGAUAUUUAUGUUGCGGUGAAUCAAGAUGUUCGAGAAAGUAAAUCAACUUUGUCAUGGGCUUUGAAGACUCUUCAAGUCAACAAGAUUUUCCUUCUUCACGUUCAUCUUCCAUUUUCCUUGACCACUUCUUCAAGUGGUCUUACACAAGGGGAGAUCGAUGCAAUCCAAGAUUCAGAACUCAAGACUUCAUACCGUAGCCUUUACAAGUACCGUGAUAUCUGCAUAAAAAAUAGGGUUAAGGAAGAAGAUGUGGAUAUAUCAGUGAUCUCAAGAUAUGAUGUGGGUGAAGGCAUUGUGGAACUCAUCUAUGAAAACAAUAUCAAGAAGCUCGUUAUGGGAGCAGCAGCUGAUCCUCACUACUCCAGGGGAAUGGGUAUCACAUCAAGAAAAGCAGAGUAUGUGCUUCAACAUGCACCUCAGAGCUGUAACAUGUGGUUCAUCUGCAAGGGGAAACUCAUCGAGACAAGAGAAGGAAGUUUCGACCUUGGGAAUCCAUCAGAAUCAUUCUCAGAAUUCUCAACUUCAGGGGAGAAACCAAGCAAAGGAAGAAGAAGGGAUGAAGAUGAAACCGAGUCACCUAAAGAACAACAACCAGGUUGGAUACCAGGAAACGAGGAAGCAGCAAAGAAAGUAAGGAUAAGGAAGGAACCUGUGAAUGUGAAGUCAAAAAGCAAUGGGAGUGAAGCAGACUCAUCAUCAAGUCCAUGUCUUCCUCCACAUGAGUAUAUGUGUCCUAUAACGUUGGAGAUAAUGGGAGAUCCGCAUGUGGCAGCUGAUGGAUUCACAUACGAGGCAGAGACAUUCAGAGAGUAUCUAAGGACAACAGGAGGGAAAAAGAAGUCGCCAAAGACAGGCGAGCCACUUGAGAAUCACAAACUCAUUCCAAAUCACACUCUUCGUAUAGUCAUUAGGGAGUGGCUGGAGAAGCACCCUAAUUAUAGUCGUGAUUAAAAACCAUUAUCUUUAUCUAUAUCAGAAAUUUAACAAGUCGAGAUUAUGUUGUUUGUGAAACUGAAAAUAAUCUUUAAUCUUAAUCUUAGUGUAUAUGUUGUUACAUUCAUGGAGUCUCUAAAAUAACGAUUCUCUAUGCAUCAAAUCUAUGUAUUUCUUUUUGUUUUUUU